AUUGAAUUCUCCAAGUUGUCUGUAUAUGGAUCUUCACCUCCUCUGAGAUCCCCACAAAAAAAAAAAAAAAAGAGGAGAGAAGAGAAGAGAAGACGAAAUGAGAGAUUCUUGCAAAGUUUCAGUCGUUAUUCUUCUUCUGGUUCUCAUCAAUGGCGUAUUUGGCGAUAACCCUUACAGAUUCUUUACCUGGAAAGUGACUUAUGGCGACAUUUACCCUCUUGGCGUCAAACAGCAGGGGAUCUUGAUAAACGGGCAGUUUCCUGGGCCUCACAUUGACGCGGUGACUAAUGACAACUUGAUUAUCAGUGUUUACAACUACUUGAAAGAGCCUUUCCUCCUUUCUUGGAACGGGUUGCAGCAGAGGAAGAACUCAUGGCAUGACGGGGUAAUAGGGACGACAUGUCCAAUCCCACCUGGGAAAAACUUCACUUACAUCAUCCAAGUGAAGGACCAAAUCGGCAGCUACUUCUACUUCCCUUCUCUCGCCUUCCACAAAGCCGCUGGUGCCUUUGGAGCCAUCCGGGUCUGGAGCCGUCCUCGCAUUCCCGUCCCUUUCUCUCCCCCCGAUGGCGACUUCUGGAUUCUUUCUGGCGAUUGGUACAAGACUAACCACUAUGUUUUGAGACGCCUGUUGGAAGCUGGCCGGAAUCUGCCCUUCCCGGAUGGACUUCUCAUCAAUGGCCGCGGCUGGGGAGGCAACACAUUCACUGUGCAACCCGGCAAGACCUACAGAUUCAGAAUAUCUAACGUGGGACUGGCAACGUCGAUAAACUUCAGAAUCCAGGGUCACGCCAUGAAACUCGUCGAAGUGGAAGGCUCUCACACUGUUCAAAACGUUUACUCAUCUCUGGAUAUUCAUCUGGGCCAGUCCUAUUCUGUUCUCGUGACCACGAACCAGGCCCCUCAGGAUUAUUACAUCGUCGUCUCCUCGAGAUUCACACGUAAAGUCCUCACCACGACCGCCAUUCUCCAUUACAGUAACUCCAGAAGAGGAGUCUCUGGUCCUGUUCCUUCUGGACCCACCUUGAACAUAGCUUCUUCUCUCUUUCAGGCUCGAACAAUUCGGAGGAAUCUAACAGCGAGCGGACCUAGACCGAACCCGCAAGGUUCAUACCACUAUGGGAUGAUAAAACCGGGCCGUACCAUCAUGAUAUCGAAUUCAGCGCCUUACAUCAAUGGAAAACAGAAGUAUGCAGUGAACGGUGUAUCCUUUGUGGCUCCUGACACGCCAUUGAAGCUCGCUGAUUACUUCAAAAUCUCUGGAGUUUUCAACCUCGGAAGCAUCCCAACAAGUCCCUCUGGAGGAAAUAAUGCAGGCUCUCUCCAGACAUCAGUCAUGGCCGCAAACUUCAGGGAGUUCAUCGAGAUCGUGUUCCAGAACUGGGAGAACACUGUCCAGUCUUGGCACAUCGACGGUUACUCUUUCUUCGUCGUCGGGAUGGACGGAGGCCAAUGGACCACAGGAAGCCGAGCGAAGUACAAUCUCCAUGACGCUGUUGCUCGGUCCACCGUCCAGGUGUAUCCGAGGGCAUGGACAGCGAUAUACAUGGCGUUGGACAACGUGGGUAUGUGGAACAUAAGGUCGGAGAAUUGGGGAAGACAGUAUUUGGGACAACAGUUCUAUCUCAGGGUUUGGACUUCGUCCACUUCUUACCGGGACGAGUAUCCCAUCCCUAAGAACGCUCUUCUCUGCGGCCGAGCCAGUGGCCGACACACCCGCCCCUUCUAACCCUUCACGCCACGUGUCAUUUUUACAUGAUAUUCCAUUGUUAGUCGUUACCGUUGAUGAGGAAGAUGACAACAUUUUCUGUAAUCUGAGAGAGCUCCUCUCGAGCUUUGUUUCAGUUUGUAAUUUUAUGAAAUGAAAUUUCUUGGCUUCUUUAA